CUGUGACACAGGAAAACAUGAAUAGGGGCGAGCUUCCUCACCUGUCUCACCUUACCUGUUCAAACAAACGGCUCCGUUUGAAACUCGACCCAACCCGAAUUCACCGAAUUACACUAGGAAACCAACCGCAAAUGAUAGUUAAAAAAGAAAAGGUGGUCUAAACAAAGUAUUUGUUAGGCCUCUAUCUCCAAGCCAAUUUAGAGGCAUGGAGCCGACGUACCGCGGUCUAGGGCGCUGUUCCUGCGCCUUUUGGUUGGCAGUGUCCUUCGACAUAUUCGGGCUGCUCGUUCUUUUGAUCGGGGUUUUUGCGGACAUAUUCUUUUAUGACUUUUUAAUCUACGCCGGGGCAAUCAUCAUCUUCCUCAGCCUCGUCUGGUGGGUGUUCUGGUACACGGGCAACAUCGAGGUCCCCCCGGAGGAGCUGGAGGAUGACGUCGGGCUCUUGAAGAAGGAGCGGGGCAUCGCAGGUGCGGUGAGGCGGUUAUCCAGCCGUCUCUCCAACAGUGUCAGGAACUCUCUGCGGCGGAAUGGAGGCCCCCCCCGCGGGGUCGCGAGAAGGGCAGGGACCGGGCUGUCUACGACUCACAUGAGGGAUGCCCAACAGCAACCGAAGCCCCCGCCUGUCGUAUUGGCGAUGGGGCCGCUUGAUGAGGACAUGCACACAGUGUCUGCAUCCGUGGACGCUGACAUACCUGUCCGGCACACAGCUACAGAGACCUCGGCCAUAUGAUGCGCAAUGCGCACAAGGUUAGCCUAUUUCCAAUCAGUCAUUAAGCCAUUUAGGCUAUAGCCUAGGGAUACAUUUUGUUAUUGGACAGGCCUAAUUUUCAUUAAACAUGUGCAUAGAUUAUAGGUUUUAUAGGCCAACUUCAUUCUAGGCUAUUGUUUUUGCUUGAUAAUAGCCCACAACUUUUAUCCACAAUUCAGUAGGCUAUAAUGUUCCUUAUAAUAAAAUGAAAUGACAAUGUGUUCCAGUGAAUGAGGAAAGAAACUGUGUGAUCUAAUGGAAACAGACUUCCUUUAUCUUUCUGUUAACCAUUAACGCCAUUGAAUGGCAGUGCACGCCUAAAGACAAGCCCUGUUCAAACAAUAAAACUGUUUCUGAGAGGGCGAAAUAGAGCUGCUGCUACAUGAAACAAAGAAACGUAGGUUGACCAGCAAUUGUCUAUCUUAGGAGUUAGGACACAUUUUUGACAUCGAUCUAAACUGAUGUAAGCUACAGUAUGACUGUAUGUUGCAACUAUGACAUCAUGAGGUGACUAUAUAUUUUGUCCAACAGAAGUUAGAGGCUUGGCAGCACUGAGCCCCAUAAGGACAUUUCACUUGUCCAUCUCACAAUGUUUACAAGUACAUUUCGUUUUUAAUAUUGUCCUAUGGGCUUUUUUUCUUUGAAACAUUUCAUUUUUAAAAUCAAAUAAUGCUCCUCAGUGAGGACUUUUUGUUUGUUUUAUGUUCAUUUUGUGAAUAAUUUGUGAAUACUUUGUGGAUAAUUGAUGCAAUACUUUGAUAAUACAGAGAUUGUUUUCUAGCAAAUAUGUCAGACUUUCAUUUUUAGGACUAAGUGCUACUGAGAAGGUGUUUGUUGUGAACUUGACCUGGCACCUGUAUUCUACAUCCCCGUCCACAGUGGUGAUAAGCAAUAUUAACGACCUUUGUACCCUAUGGAUUUCCAUACCUUUAUUUAUACAGACAUUACUUUUGUAUGUCCAUAUGGCUGCCUCAUCAUGCUUUAUGAUUCCCAAGGUGAAAACAAAACAUUUUACCUGUUUGUAUUUCCAACCGACAAUUCUCAGAUUUUUGCCAAACACAGUACCUACACAUUGACUAGAGUAACAUAUGAGUGUUACUGUGUGGUGACAACACUUUGAUUAUCUACAAUAGGCUAGCUUAGACCUUGACACCUUGUUACUCCACACAAUAAAGUAUGGGAGCGGUG